AUGGCGUCCGAAUCGCUGAAUUCGUCCGAAUCGGACGCUCGCGAACACAGACAGCACAGAAAUAGCACGGGGGGUCGAGAAGGGACCCCGUAUGCUGCGCGCGCUGCAGCUGGCGCUGCAGCCGCCAGUUCUUUCUUCCCCUUAGGAUACCGCGAAGGCUUUAGCCAAUGGUGGGCUCGUCUCCCUGCUGCAGCUGCAGAGCACAAAGUCCUUUCCUAUCUUCCGUAUCUGCAUCAGCAUCCCCCAACCCAUCUUCAGACCGGUAACACGGCGGACUUCCCCAACGGUUCGACGCCGAGCAGUCUGAAGUCUGCGGACCACAACCAGCAAGGCGAGAUCUCCACCAACUCCCUCAAUGAUCCCUAUGGCCCUCGUCGGUGGAGCUCUAGCAUGGUGGAGCUGAGUGGCAAAGACCGGGCUCUCAACGAGUUCUCUGUAGAGCGCCUUGGCGAGGAUGCAGAUCAACAUUUGGUUAUGCUUCAUGGUUACGGCGCCGGUCUUGGUUUCUUCUACAAGAACUUUGAGCCGCUCAGUCGAUUGAAGGGCUGGCAAUUGCAUGCUUUGGACAUGCUGGGCAUGGGUCGCAGCACGCGGCCACCCUUCAAGAUCAAGGCCAAAGACAGAGAAGAGGCAAUUCGGGAGGCCGAGGCCUGGUUCAUUGAUGCACUAGAAGAAUGGCGUAUCAAGCGCAAGAUCGACCGCUUCACUCUGCUCGGUCACAGCCUGGGUGGUUACAUGGCCGUCGCUUAUGCCCUUAAAUAUCCCGGCCACCUCAACAAGCUUAUCCUGGCGUCCCCGGUGGGUAUCCCCGAAGACCCAUACGCGGUGACAGCGGAUGUCCCCGAGCCGUCCGAGUCCACGCUGGCCAACGAGUUCACCCAGGACCAAAAUGAAAUCACCUCCUCUGCUGCUGUCCCGGGAACCGCACCCAAGACCAGCGAUGGCAGCUUCAUCACGGGCCGCAAUCCCAAACCCGAGGCCCAGAACCUGCCGCCACGCCGGAACAUGCCUAAAUGGUUCGCCUAUCUGUGGGAUGCAAACAUCUCUCCCUUCAGCCUGGUGCGAUGGACGGGUCCCCUGGGUCCACGGAUCGUGUCUGGAUGGACCUCGCGCCGCUUCUCCCAUCUCCCAGCCGAAGAGGCCAAGGCACUCCACGACUACUCAUAUUCGAUCUUCAGUCAGCGCGGCAGUGGCGAGUACGCCCUAGCAUACAUCCUUGCCCCCGGUGCAUUCGCCCGCAGUCCCCUCAUCCGCCGUAUCCACGGCGUUGGCCGGCAGAUGAUCCAGCCAGAGUCCUCAUACUCCCCCCCUCAUCCCACCAACUCGGCCAAGUCUUCAUGCUCGAUCAUCUCAAAGUCCGCAGCUGCCGCAUCUACACCAGCCGAUGCGCCGGGUACCCCACCAAUCCCCUCAUCUGACGCUCCGGUUCCCAAACAACAGCCUUGGCGCGAACAGGGCCUACCGAUCGUGUUCAUGUAUGGUGACCAUGACUGGAUGGACGUCUCGGGCGGCCACGCCGCUUCAGCGCGCCUCGAAGAAGAGAAACAGCGUGCUUUGGCCAAUGCCACGCCAGAAGAGCGCCGCAACGACCAAGGGUCCGCCAAGGUAGUCGUCAUCAACCGAGCCGGUCACCACCUCUACCUCGACGGGUGGGAAGAAUUUAACAAGGUCGUUCUAUCCGAAAUGGAAGAAGUGAAUCGACGCGAGAGGUCGUCGUGA